AUCCGAGCAGAUGGUCCUCCCCAUGGUGGAAUUCAGUAUGAGAUGGUGACAGUUUUCAAGGAUGGGAGCCCAGUCCUUCGAGACAUGGCCUUCUCCAUCGAUCAGAAGUAUCUGUACGUCAUGUCAGAGCGACAGGUGUCCCGGGUGCCCGUGGAGUCCUGUGAGCAGUACACGACCUGUGGGGAAUGCCUGAGCUCAGGAGACCCGCACUGCGGCUGGUGCACACUCCACCACAUGUGCUCCCCGAGGGAUAGCUGUGAGCGAGCAGAUGAGCCGUACCGAUUUGCAGGCAGCAUCAGCCAGUGCAUGACCGUCACCGUGCAGCCCAGCAGCAUCUCUGUCUCCGAGCACAGCCUCCCGCUCAGCCUGCUUGUGAGUGAUGCUCCGGACCUGUCAGCUGGGGUCACCUGUCUCUUCGGAAACCUGACGGAGGUGGAAGGGCAGGUUUCGGGCAGCCAGGUGGUGUGUGUUUCACCAGCAGCGAAAGAUGUUCCUGCCAUACCCGUGGAUCAAGACUGGUUCGGCGUGGUGCUGCAGCUGAAGUCACGGGAGACCGGGAGGAUGUUUGUCAGCACGGAGUUCAAGUUCUACAACUGCAGUGCCCACCAGCUGUGCCUGUCCUGUGUGAACAGUGAUUUCCGCUGCCACUGGUGCAAGUACCGGAACCUCUGCACCCACGACCCCACGACGUGCUCCUUUCAGGAGGGACGGAUCAACGUCUCUGAGGACUGUCCCCAGCUCUUCCCCACAGAGGAGAUCCUGAUCCCAGUGGGAGAGGUGAAACCCAUCACACUGAAGGCAAGAAACCUGCCCCAGCCCCAGUCUGGCCAGCGCGGGUACGAGUGUGUCCUCAGCAUCCAAGGCGUGAUCCACCGCGUGCCUGCCCUGCGCUUCAACAGCUCCAGCGUCCAGUGCCAGAACAGCUCGUAUCUCUAUGAUGGGAUGGACAUCAGCAACUUAGCAGUGGGCUUCGCUGUGGUUUGGAAUGGGAACUUCAUUAUUGACAACCCGGAGAAUCUGAAAGUGCACCUCUACAAGUGUGCAGCCCAGCGUGAGAGCUGUGGGCUCUGCCUCAAAGCUGAUCCCAAGUUCGAGUGCGGCUGGUGCAGCGGCGAGGCCAAGUGCACGCUGCGGCCGCACUGCAGCGCGCCCUCCGCACAGCCCUGGCUCGACUGGUCCAGCAGGAACGUCAAGUGCUCCAACCCUCGCAUCACCGAGAUCCUGACGGUCUCGGGCCCACCAGAAGGAGGGACGAGGGUGACCAUCCGUGGUGUGAACCUGGGCCUGGACUUCUCAGAGAUCGCCCGUGGGGUGCAGGUGGCCGGGGUGCAGUGCACGCCGCUGCCUGAGCACUACAUUGUCGCUGAACAGAUCGUCUGUGAAAUGGGGCAGGCUCUUCCAGGGAUCAGCUCUGGCCCAGUGCUCCUGUGCAUCGGAGAGUGCAAACCGGAGUUCACAGCCAAGUCCACGCAGCAGUAUACGUUUGUGACUCCAGCAGUGAGUUUUCUGAAUCCAAGUCGUGGUCCAGAGUCAGGAGGGACGAUGGUGACCAUCUCCGGGCACUACCUGGGAGCCGGCAGCCGCGUGUCAGUGCUUCUGGGAAACCAGACCUGCGAAUUCUACGGGCGAUCCAUGAAUGAGAUUGUCUGCGUGUCAGCUCCAUCAGCCCAUGGCCUGGGGGCUGUUCAUGUGUCUGUGAGCGUGGACCGGGCUCAGCUGGAGAGGACUUUGCUGUUCGAGUACAUCGAUGAUCCGAAGGUGCAGCACAUCGAACCUGAGUGGAGCAUCGCCAGUGGACACACGCCUCUGACCGUUACCGGCUCCAACCUGGAUGUGAUCCAGGAGCCGAGGAUCCGCGUCAAGUACAACGGGAAGGAGUUUGUCAAUGUCUGCAAGGUGGUGAAUGCUACGGCGCUGACCUGCCUGGCUCCUCCCCUUACCUCCGAGUACCGGCCCGGCCUGGAUGCUGUGGAGCGGCCAGAUGAGUUUGGGUUUAUCUUUAACAAUGUGCAGUCCCUCCUGGUCUACAACGACACCAAAUUCAUCUACUACCCUAACCCAACGUUUGAACUGCUGAGCCCAACCGGGGUGCUGGAGCAGAAGCCGGGGUCACCCAUCAUCAUGAAGGGCAGAAACCUGUGCCCACCCGCUCCUGGAGGAGCAAAGCUCAACUACACUGUGCUGAUCGGAGAGACACCCUGUGCUGUCACUGUCUCCGAGACCCAGCUGCUGUGUGAGCCACCUAAUCUCACUGGACAGCACAAAGUGAUGGUGCGUGUUGGUGGUAUCAUCUUCUCUCCUGGUUCAGUGAGCAUCACCUCAGACAGCCUUCUGACCCUGCCAGCUAUUGUCAGCAUCGCAGCUGGAGGCAGCCUGCUCCUCAUCAUCGUCAUCAUCGUCCUCAUUGCCUACAAGCGCAAGUCCCGAGAGAACGACCUGACCCUGAAGAGGCUGCAGAUGCAGAUGGACAACCUGGAGUCCCGUGUGGCCCUGGAGUGCAAGGAGGCUUUUGCAGAGCUGCAGACAGAUAUCAAUGAAUUAACCAGCGACCUGGAUCGCUCUGGGAUCCCGUACCUUGACUACCGGACCUAUGCUAUGAGGGUCCUUUUCCCUGGCAUCGAGGACCAUCCUGUCCUGCGGGAGCUGGAGGUCCAAGGGAACGGGCAGCAGAGUGUGGAGAAGGCCUUGAAGCUCUUUGCACAGCUGAUCAACAACAAAGUCUUCCUUAUGCGCGAUCGCGGCAACGUGGCCUCGCUCAUCAUGACUGGGCUGCAGGGAAAGCUGGAGUACGCCACCGAUGUGCUAAAGCAGCUGCUCUCUGACCUCAUCGAGAAGAACCUGGAGAACAAGAACCAUCCCAAACUGCUCCUGCGCAG